CACAGAUGUCCGGAGGGCUGGAUGGGACAAACAUCAUAUGAUUGUCUAAUGGCCGAGGAGCUUCUGUGUUCAAUUUGUCUGGAUGUGUUCAGUGAUCCAGUCAGCACUCCAUGUGGACAUAACUUCUGUAAGAUCUGUCUGAACACACACUGGAACAACAGUGAAGACUACAAAUGUCCAAACUGUGAAGAAACAUUCAAGCAGAGAUCUGAUCUCAAGAUUAAUACAACACUCAGAGAUCUUGUGGAUGAACAUAAGAAGAAAUCUCCUGAAGAACAACCUGAAGCUGAAGUUGUGUGUGACAUCUGUACUGAAGGAAAGCUGAAGGCUGUGAAGUCGUGUCUGGUGUGUCAGAGCUCUUACUGUGAAACUCACCUGGAGUCUCAUUUGAGAGUGUCAGGAUUACAGAAACACAAACUGAUUGAUCCUGUGAAGAAUCUGCAGGAUUAUAUAUGUCAGAAACAUGACAGACCUCUGGAGCUCUUCUGUAGAGAUGAUCACACAUGUGUGUGUCUCAUCUGCACUGUGACCGAUCACAAGAACCACAAGUUUGUUUCUGUAAAGGAUGAGGGUGAAGAGAGGAAGAUUAAGUUGUUAAAGACACAGACAGACGUGCAGCAGAUGAUUCAAGACAGAAUAAAGAAGAUUCAAGAUAUCAAACAUUCAACAGAACUCAGAAGAUCUGAACUGCUGGAGAUGAUGGAGAAGCAGAAAGCAGCAGAGAAACAUGAUGAAGAUGUCAUUAAAGAUCUGGAGCAGGAGAUCACUGAACUGAAGAAGAGAAACAUUGAGCUGGAGCAGAUCUCACACACUCAAGAUCAUCUCAAACUCAUACCGGAGAAACAUCUGAAAGGAUGGAGAUGUCAGCAAAAGACUCGACCUGAUCAGCAUUUUGUUUCACUGCUGUUUGAGAGAAACAGAUUUAUUUUGUGGUUUAUUGUUCCUGUGGGGAUCUCGCUGCUGCUGAUGUUCUUCUGCCUUUCUUCUUCUACAGAUAUUGAGACUCUCAACAUUGAGAAACUCAGUGAAGCUGUAUUAAAGAAGAUGCAGCAGUAUGCAGUGGAUGUGACUCUGGAUCCGGAUACAGCUCAUCCUCAACUGAUUCUGUCGGAUGAUAAGAAACAUGUGAAAAUUGGAAACAUUUAUCAUGAACUCCCAGACAACCCAAAGAGAUUUGAUAGAUGUGUAAAUGUUCUGGGAAAGGAGGGAUUCUCAUCAGGGAGAUUUUAUUAUGAGGUUCAGGUGAAGGGAAAGAGUGAAUGGGAUUUAGGAGUGGUCAGAGAAUCCGUUAACAGGGAGGGGCAGAUCACACUGACACCAGAUGAUGGAUUCUGGACUGUGGUGUUGAGGAAUGAUAAUGAAUAUAAAGCUUGUGCUGGUCCCUCUGUGUCUCUGUCUCUGAGUGUAAAGCCACAGAAGGUGGGUGUGUUUGUGGAUUAUGAGGAGGGUUUGGUCUCCUUUUAUGAUGUGGAGAACAGAUCUCAUAUCUACUCUUACACUGAUCAAUCUUUCACUGAGAAACUCUAUCCAUAUUUUAGCCCAUGUUUAAAGUAUUACGGUAAAAACUCUGAGCCAUUGAUCAUCACACGUGUCAAUUACAAUCGAUGA